AUGGACCGCCGCAACAAACCCAGCGCUCUCGCCGCCACGCCGGCCCCCCCGCCCCAGGCCCGCGUCGACCUCGUGGGCGACCGUGUCACUGCCGUGCUGCCGUCGGGCGAGUCCGUCGAGAUCUUGCUGACCGGGGCCACUGUGCUCUCGUGGAAGGGCGCGGUCCACGGCGGCGAGCCGGCCGAGCGUCUGUUUCUCAGCGAGGGCGCCGUGCUCGAUGGCUCCAAGGCGGUGCGCGGCGGCAUCCCCAUUGUGUUCCCCGUGUUCGGCCAGUCGCCGGCGGACGUACCCACGAGCAAGCUGCCGCAGCACGGCCUGGCGCGGACGUCGCGGUGGGAGUUUCUGGGCAAGUCCACGUCCGAGUCGGAGGGCAAAGCAGAUGCGGGUGCGGGUGCCUCUUCAAGUACAAAAGCCGCCGCCGCCGGCUCGUCCAACGGCGUGCAGCUCGACUUUGGCCUGUCGGCGGCGUCGGCCGACCCGGCGCUCCGGGCGCUGUGGCCGUACGACUUUGCGCUGCUGUACCGGGUGACGCUGGCGCCGGGCAGCCUGGCGACGGCGAUUGUGGUGACCAACGAGGGCAGCGCGGCCUUUGACUUCCAGGUGCUGCUGCACACGUACCUGCGCGUCGACGACAUUGCGCAGGUGGGCGUGGACGGCCUGGCGGGCGCGUCGUACUUGGACAAGGUGGAGGGCUUCAAGGAGAAGACGCAGGCGGCCACGGGCCAUGUCGACAUUACGGGCGAGACGGACCGCGUGUACGUGCCGGCGCAGGGCGCGUCGCAGCCGCUGACCGUGCUGCAGGGCGGCAGGCCGCUGUACGGCGUGCAGCGGGACAACCUAGCCGACGUGGUGGUGUGGAACCCGUGGACGGAAAAGGUCAAGAGCAUCGGCGACUUUGCGCCCAAAGACGGCUACAAGAACAUGCUGUGUGUGGAGCCAGGCUCGGUGUCGAGCUGGCAGACGCUGGAGCCCAACGACGCCUUUGAGGGCGCGCAGGUCAUUACGCUGUUGUGA